UAUCCAAAUAUUUUCUUUCUUCUAAGACUUGAGAAAGCACAGUAUAGCCAUUUCUUCUUCCAAAUGACCUCAUAGCUAUUUGUUGAGGGGAAAUACUAAAUGCUAUUAUAUUAUUGCUGUUGUCAUUGUCAUCAUCAUCAUCAUCAUUAUUUGAUAGAUGCUUCUUCUGGCUUGAUUCGUGUCUGUAUUGGUCUCGUCAGGACUAAGGGACCCUAAGACAAAGCUACAUCCUAAGUAUUAUGUCGGUGUCAGAGCAAUUCCUGUGCAGAAGGGGGCUAUGCAACUUUCUUUAUUCCCCCUUCUCAGAUGUCCUUGAGUCCUUGAGACGGAUGUGAGCGGAGGUUUUCAGCCCUCAUGCAAAACAACCAUCUAAACAUAACAGAUGACAUCAGCGUGGGCUUUUCAAUUCCUGGAUGGCAGUGGCGUGUUAAUCCAGCCUUCAUCCUGGAUUUCAUAAACUAAAACAAGAGAGGCUGGCAGGAGCACAGCGCUGCCGCUGCCUUGAGGAAAUUGAUGACGGGGAAGCAUGCGGGCAACGCAGUGUAUAAAACCCAUAAACGUGUAGGCAGAAGCUCAGCUACUACUUUGGACGGCUGCUUCCAGCCGGCAAAGACGACGGCGGCAGGGGGCUGAGCCUGAGGCAGCUGGGAGAUAUGAAGAACCUCUUGCUGCUGACCACACUCCUGGUACCUCUGCACCUGGGCAUGGCCUGGAGCGCCAAGUACGCGGUGGAUUGCCCGGAGCAUUGCGACAAUACCGAGUGCAGAAGCAGCCUGCGGUGCAAGAGGACCGUGCUGGAUGACUGUGGCUGCUGCCAGGUGUGUGCCGCGGGGCCCGGAGAAACCUGCUACCGAACAGUCUCAGGCAUGGAUGGUGUCAAGUGUGGUCCUGGGCUAAAGUGUCACUUUUACAGCGAGGAGGAUGACUUUGGUGACGAGUUUGGUAUCUGCAAAGACUGUCCGUUUGGCACCUUCGGGAUGGACUGCAAGGAGACUUGCAAUUGCCAGUCGGGCAUAUGUAACAGGGUGACUGGGAGAUGCCUGCAGUUUCCUUUCUUCCAGUACGAGGCAGCCAAGUCGCCCAGCAGGACCUCAGCCUCCCACACAGAGCGUGACACGGCAUCUGGAGAUGGCAACGCUGUGAGAGAAGAGAUCGCUGAAGGCCAUGCUGCUCGCCCCUCUGUAAUGAAAUGGUUAAAUCCACGCUGACCCUGGCUGAAAUUUGCCAAGAGAAGGCUCCACUUUUGUCACCAACACUCCAGUGAACAAUUUAAGAACCGUCUAGAACAUAGACUAUGGACAUGUAAUUUAUGGAGAUCGAGUGUGAUUCAGAGUGGAUUCAGAAAACAAAAUAGGUUACAUACAACCCAUAAAAUACAUAUGACUGAACACUUUUAGAUACCUGUUAAAUAUUUAAAUGCAUAUAAAUCUGUUAAAUUUAUGUGUGUCUGGAAUCACGAAGGAACUAUAUGUGCAACUGAGAUGGAUGGUCUUACGGUCCAUGAGCAAUUCCGUCCAAGCUGAAGAAACUGUGGGUUCUUUGACUUG